AGCACAUAAGUGCCUUAUGACGUGCAGAAAAAAAUAUUCAAGCGAGCCUCGAAAGCGCACUGAGUUUCAGUAUGGAAAAUCGCAGAAUCAGCAGACGGACAGCUCACGCCUGGCUUCGGGGGCCUGCCCGAGCACCCCGAUGACCGUGGCUGCGGCAAGCAAGCUGCGCCGACGGCCCGGAUAUUUCUGCAGCGCGAGCACUCCGGCACCCUGGGCACCUCGCGUGGCACGCACAAAUCCUCUCUGGCCGCCUAUUAAUUUAUACACUUUACCCGGGUACCAGGCGUGCCUCGGUGCUCCGUUCGAGUUCUGCUCCUCCAUGCUUUGCCCGGGUAUCGAGCACGUACGCGUCGUGCUAACUGCACUGUUUUGCCAGCCGUGCAACUACCGGCUCCCGUUCCGAGAUUUGUAGAAUUUCCACGAUUACCGCAGCUUGACCAAUUCUCGCUCGAGUCAGGCACGAUGAUCAGGGGAUAAAAUUCACUUCUGAAAUCGAUUCGAGAUAAUUAAUAUUCUUUUGCGGUAAUGACGGAGGAUUUAGCUGAAAAUCACUAGAGUCCAACGGAAGAAUUUGAUAUCACAUGGAUUUGCAGUGUUAUCGUGUACUUUAAACACGGGGCUCCUUGGGCGCAAGAUUAUUGUAUC